GUUCUUGAGUGCAUGUAACGUCUAUCAUGGCCUUAAGGUUUUCACAACCAAUAAAAAAAAUACAAUAUUCAAAUGGUGGGAAACGAACAAAGGGAAAGAAAAGAAAAGAAAAGAAAAAGAUAAAGGAAAAAAGAUCAUUUAAUUAAUAUACAAAUUAUUUAAUUAUAUACUACACACAUUCAUAAAUAGGGAGGAAUAAUUAUAUUAAGGGAUAUUUGAUUAGUAAAUGGAUGGAAUAUACAAAUUUAAUGGAAGGAUUUUUGAUGUAACAAUAGUUACUUGUUAUUGUAGAUUACUCAUCCUUUGCUUAAACCAAGAGGAUUGGCAUGCAAGUCAUACAAAAACUAACUUUCUAUUCUUCUUCACCAUUUUAUUCCUUUCACAUGACCUAUAAAUAGCCAAUUCUGCCUUAACACCAAACUCAAAUUUCUUCUUCCAUUAAUUUCACCCAUUUCAUCACAAACCAGGCCUAAUAAUCAACCAUGCCUUUGAUGAACAGGCCUCGGGUUGUGAUCGAUGGAGUUAGAAGAACACGAACCUAUCGUUUCUUCUGGUGUAGUCACUGUGAUCGAACAGUUAGGAUUGCAUCAGCUUCUCCCAACCCUCUACACAAUUUCUUAUGCCCCCUUUGCUACAACCUUGUAUGCCAAGAAAUUGACAUUUCAAGGACUUCUAAUCUAUCAUCAUAUAGAACAGGUUCCUCUGCCACUUCUGCAUCAGCUGCUCAGUUAUUAGACACAAUGGCUCAAAUCAUUAAUCUAUCUUCUCCACGUCGCCUGACUCUGAGGCCGCAAUUUACCACCCAUAUGUCCUCUUCGCAGCCAUUACCAAGGCCUGUAUCACCACAAGAGAAUGCACUAUCAUGGGUAGCGGAACAAGAGCCGCCUGGUCAGACACCCCAAAAUCAAACUACAGAGAACAAUAAUAGUUCAUGUAUUACAGAAGUCAGAGCAACAGCUGAUGCAUUGUGCAGUGACUCAGCAUGUCCAAUUUGCAAGGAAGACUUUAUUAUGAACCAAGAAAUAAGAAAGUUGGCCUGUAAUCAUUUCUACCAUUCCGAUUGUAUUAUGUCUUGGCUUCAAAUUAACAAUACUUGCCCUGUAUGUCGUUACCAGCUCCCAUUACAGCGAGGCUCGACUAAUAAUAACAGCGUCAGAAAUAAUUUUCGAGCUGCAGAUUAUGGCCAUAAUGUUGAUGAUAGUGAUGAUGAUUAUGAUCUUCAUUUAGAGGAUGUUGUGAGCUUGAGCUGGCCUAGUUGGGCUGAGUUGAUCUCCUUGUUACGACCCUUUUGCUUAAGUUCGUUGCUCGAUUGGUCCUAGCCAGUCUAGUUCUGAUUACUACUCCCUGAAGAACACUGCUCCCUGAUAAUUAGGCCUGGUAAAUUAGCUCUGAAGGGGAGAAGUCGAAAGGGAACCAUCUGCUGCGCAAUUUGGUUGGCAAUCCAGUGAUUUGCAGCUACAACAAAAUGUAUGCUAUCCAGCAAACUUAUCUUCCAGGAUUACCGUAUGUCUUUACCAGAGCAUCCUAGAGGAGCUGUAAACAAAA